AUGGCUCUCCAGGUGUUGAUAGCCCAUACGGGCCUGCGGCUGGAGGUCGAUACCGCACAGUUCUCCAUCCUCGAUGAUCUUAAGGCCUGGGUCUCCAGGAAAACCUCGAUUCCACCACAGCAUAUUGUCGCCUUGACUCCUCAAGGCCGUACGGUCAAAUCCACAAGCCUACAUACAGAGAAAGAGAUGUUCAUAUACGAUAUCCGAAUAAGUUCCCCAGGGAAUGCGAACCUCAUAGUCCCAGUUCCCGCCCCGAAGCGGUACGUCAUCCCGAGUGCGCCGAACACGAUCGAUGAUGUACAGUCAAUAUCAUCAUGGCAAGAGCUAUACAAGGAGCGUCGAAAUUGGGCAAUGCAUCUGGUUGAGGACUGUGGGCAGAUGAACACAACAACUGUUGCGCUGUACGACGAGAUAGAUGUUAUCAUCAGGUGCUUGGAUGCGGCUGUUGCGAAUCUCGAAAUCAGCAUCAAGACCAUAGAGCCCAAAUACAACGACCUUAAGAAAUGGGUAACGCCCGCACUGGAAGAGCACGGGACUCUGGUAGAAAAUUGGGAGCAAUAUCUUGAUCUGGCCAGAAAUACCCCGAUCUCCCCUCUAAUGGUCAAGUUUAUGACUCGACAAGAGGCCAAGAAGUCGAACCCAACUUUAGAAGACCUCAUCGAACUCGAUACCGCAAAGAAGGCGGGAAAACUUGCCCCGACAGCUCAUCGAAGGUUCAGCGACAAGGCUACUCAACUCAACAACACGGCAUCUCAGAUGUAUAGAAGCUUGGAAUCACUGAUUGCCGACUUCGAGAAGCUCAUGAGCCGGUCUGCUCUUGGUCACAGCACAGCUUCCGCACAACUCCUUGAAGAUAUCGAGGCGGUAGUGAAGCAGAUGGACUCUGACUACCGGGCAGCACUUGGAUAUGGCAAUACGCAACGAGAUAUAGCGCAAGCUUCCAAGACGGCUUCAGUGCACACCGAACACUUGGUACCAACGCUGAAAAAGCGAGUCAAAGAGAUGGAUGACCUACUUCACUAUGCAACAGACGCGCGGAAUUCUAUUGCUUCGGAUUCAGCGAAAUUCAUGCGUUACGUUACGGAAAUAACAUCUCUUCAUAACAACGUCAAAAGUCAAAUCAACGUAUUGAAUCAGUCGGUAGAUGACAUGACGACAUUUGAUUAUCUUCGUCUCAUUCACCAGCUGCCUUAUAUGUACGCAGCUUUCGUCUCAGAAGCAGUUCGACGGCGCGAAUGGGUUGAUAAAGUCAAGACGGACUCGUCUACUCUAGCGAACGAGAUGGCAUUGUUUCAGGAUGAAGAGUCCAAGCGACGGCGUAAAUGGCAAAAAAUGAUUGGCAGCAUGUAUGGUCCAGAUCUGGACACCAAUGUCAUGGGCCUGGAGGUCAAUUUGCUUGGGGAAGACAAACCAUGGCCAGCUUUGACCAAAGACGACUUGACAGAUUUCGUGCAGUUGUUGCAAGAGCAACCCGUUGAUCAGAGUGUGUUGGAUGAUGUGUUGAAGCUCGUACAAGAGCUUGACAAUCCAACAAAGCAGCAAUCCAAACGACUCAAGGCCUUCAAGAAUGGAAGUAUUCAUGAAGUGGCCCUCGGCAGAAGUGGCCUCAUGAUUCGAGGCGAUGAUGAUUUACUACAGUCACUCCAGGAGGACAAAGGUAAAUUAGAAAACAAAUUGAAAACGGCCGAGAGCCGAGUCCGCCGUCUAGAGGAUUUGCUUCAUCGACAGAGCCAAGCCAGCCGCCCUGGAAAUCUAUUCCAGCCUCAGGGUCCCCAGCAGCGCGAGAGAGGCAACUCUGGGUCAUCCAUCAGAUCGAGCCGCUUUGAUGACCGUAGACGCUCUUCAGACGGCAUUGACCCCUUGAUGCGACGUAUCACUCAGCUAGAAAACGAAUUGCGAGAAGAGAAACAGCGGUCUAGUCGACUCCAGCAAGAACUCACAGCGCAAUCAAAUCAUCAUGAGAACAUCAAAGGUCAGCACGAAGACUUGAAGGGCCAGCAUGAAGACUUGAAAGGUCAGAUUGCGGAAGUUAACACUACCAAACAAGAUCUACUCGAGAAUAUGGAGGCCCUCGAACGCGAAUUUGUCGAAGAGCGCAAGAACCUAGAGAACGAAAUCAAGACUCUCAGGGCACGGUUGGAGGAUACUGAAGACGAAAUCGAACAGUUCGACGAAUCAAGGCAGCACGAGAAAGCCGGAUAUGUUGUACGAGUGGAGGAGCUAGAGGCCGAGUUGGAGCAAAUCAACAAGCAGCGACAAGAUGAUGCCCUCAAAGCCCAAGGGCAAGUCGAGUUCCUCCGCAAGGAAACCCGAGUUCAAAGAGAACAGCAAGAGGCCCUUGAACAACAGGUUCAGUCUGCAAAGGAGGAAACUCAGGACGUCUCGAGAAAAUUGAGUGUUGCUGAGGAGACUCUAGGUGAUCAUUGGCAGGCCCUGAAAAGACUGUUUACUGAGCUGCUGCCCAAGGCUGCUGUCCCAGACAACUUUGUAGACCUUUCGGAUUUGCUACUUACACAAGCCGGAACGCUCGUUGAAAAGUCCCGAAACUCGGAAGCAGACAUUGAUAUACUAAAAACCAAGGCUGAACACUUUACGGCAACCAUUGCGGAACUCCGAGAACAGCUUGCUGAGAAGGGUACUAAAUUAUCCGAAGGCGAAAUGAAAGCCGUCCAUUUGCGUGAGAAAUUGGCUGAGGAGAAAGCAAAGGUGACCGCACUUGAACAAGAGCUCGCAGACGGUAGAGAGCAACUCACUGAGUUGCGUGCCAAGCUCAGUGAUGGCGAAACUGGACCCGAAGCUCUGCAGACAAGACUGGAGGAAGAAGAGAAAAAGGUCAUGGCCUUGACCGAAGAAGUGGCCUCCAAACAAUCCCACGUCGGUAGUCUGGAGGAAGAGCUUCGCAUGUUCCAAGAGAAAGCGGAGUCCCUCCAGGGCAAGAUACUUAACUUGAAUAACCAGUAUGAGCACCGAGACGAGAAGACUAAGGAUCUCACACAGCGCCUCUACUCUCAAAACGAUCGUAUGUGCCGCCUAUUGGAGCGCGUAGGAUUUGCCAUUACCAGGAAAGAUGGAGAUAUGACCGUUACUAAGAUUCCACGAUCCGAAAGAAAUGCUCAGAACCCCAACGACUCCUCUGACCCUGGUUCGUCCCUACGCAAGUCAGGAACUCUAAGCCGUGUCUUGGGUGAUAGCGCUGAUCUCGAACUCCUAUACUGGCUUAACAACUCAGACCUGCAGGCCGAAAAUGAGAAAUACGAAGCUUUCAUGAACAAAAUUGGCAACUUUGACAUGGAGCUUUUCUCCGAGACCGUAUAUCGCAGGAUCAAGGAAGUAGAGCACAUGGCUCGUAAGUGGCAGAGGGAAGCCCGAUCCUACAGGGAGAAGGCGCACGUUCUGCAAAAGGAUUCACACGAGAAGAUUGCUUUCAAGCACUUUAAGGAGGGCGAUCUGGCCUUGUUUCUCCCCACACGCAACCAGCAAGCUGGUGCGUGGGCCGCUUUCAAUGUGGGCUUCCCACACUACUUCCUGCGCGAGCAAGAUGCCCAUCGCCUUCGUCACCGAGAAUGGCUUGUUGCCCGUAUCUCACGGAUCCAAGAGCGUGUCGUCGACCUUUCAAAGAGUCUCCAGCCGAGCAGCGAGACAGAUUCGAUCAACGAUGAGGAGAACGAUAACCCCUUCCAGUUGUCGGAUGGUUUACGCUGGUAUCUGAUCGAUGCUUUCGAAGACAAACCCGGCGCCCCUUCGACGCCUGGAAUGGGCAAGUCAACUGUUGCGGCUAAUACCGUGGAAGCGACAGCCAAUAUUCACACUCAUGCUACGGGUGGAAAGGGUAAGAGUCGGGAUAGUGUCACUAGUAUUGAAGGUAUUAACAAGACUUUAUCCAAGAGUCUUGAGAGUAGGCGUAGCAGUACGGGUUCCAAGAAAGCCCUGCCGUUUCAGCUUGGGGGCACGGCUUUGUUGAAGAAUAGUGCUUUGGCUAGCGAGACCAACUCACUCCGAGCGCAUCCCACCGACACACCAUCCGGCACAAGCCCUACACACGGGGGGCUUCUCACGGCAGCCAAUGCGAGCCUAGCACAGAAAGCUCUGGCCGAAGGGCAAAGGAGCGAGCAAACGGAGAGUCCGAGCAAGUCUCCUCCUGGCGAGUCAUCAAACCAAGGCGGCAGCGCCAAAGCGGACGAGCAGCCUCGGAAAGCUAUGCAACGGGAGGAUUCAGCUGAGAGUCCGACGAAAAAGUCGGUUGUUUGGGAUUCUCUGUGGAGUGUUGACUAUAAUUAUGAGAGUGCAGGUAGAAAGUAG